AGGAAAUGCAUAUCAAUCAGUGUGCUCAUUUGGCUGAGAAGCAGAAUGAUUUAACUGCAAACUACUGGAAGAUGUGCGGGAAAACCUUUUUCAUGUAAACUCCUGAUGAGUUUAGUUGACAGUCAGACCUCUUCUCUCUCUCCACCAGGGAGAACAUGUAGUUAGUUAGGACCUUUUUAUUGUCCACAGUGUGAAAAUGUGUCUUUUGCUUCACCAUAUUUUGUAAAAAAAAAAAAAACAAUACAGGACGAUUGACGAGAACAAACAUCAGUCACAUGAUUUUUUUUUUUUAUGAUAAUAGGCCAUAGAAUUAAAAUAAAAUGGGAGAAGGUUUAGAUGUUUGUGAAAUCUUAAGUAGGCUAUGAAGCAUUCUGAUUGCAUGAAAGCAAAACUAAGGAGGAGACAAACAGCUGGACGGCAGCACCUCCUCUUCUUCUUCCUCCUCCUCUUCCUCCUUCAGCUGAUCUCCGACUCCAACAUGAAAGUUGAGUUCUGGCAGCAGCAGCUGGAUUCAUCUGAAGAUAUGCUCCAUACAGAAGCAGAACCCGAAGAGGACUCUCGAGGACGUCAGCGAUGAUCUCCACUGUGAUGUGCAGCAGAGAGACGCUACAGAACGUUAACAGUCCCAUCAGGACCGAACCUCGCAGGAACACCAUCCCCCCAACGCAGACCGUCACUGCUAAACACCUGCUGGCCUACCUGCCCCGACCGCAGUCUGAAUCAGUGCGUUUCACUCCGUACGCCUACAAGGCUACAGCUAAAUCCACUGUUGCAGCCAUGAUGACCACAGAAAGAUCCUCUCUCAUCCACAACUUGAACUACGCUAAGUGCUCGUCACUUCCGCCGUCCCAGGAGGCCUCUCCCUCCCAGAGCCCCUGCAGCCUGUCCUCUCACGCUUUGACUUUGGCUGAGCGAGAACCGCCGCAACCGCACACUGUCCAAUCAGCUCCUCUAGAGGAAGCGCCAAAGCCUCAGCGUGCGCAUCGCAGCAAAGGCCUCAAGCGUUUCAGCUCCCGGUGGCAGUCGAGAGGCUCCACCGCCAGCAACAACAACAUUCCCGUCUCUGCGAUUGAGAAGCUGAACGGCGCAAAGAGUCACAAGAAGCGCUGCAAGCUGCUGGGCGACCAGCACUCGUCGCACGUCGCCGCCAGCAAUCAGCGGCAGCGUUACAUCACCAAGGACGGCAAGUGCCAGGUCAAUCUGGGACCGAUUGCGGACAAGAGUCGCUUUAUCUCUGAUAUUUUCACCACAUUAGUGGACCUCAAGUUCUGCUGGUUCCUCCUCGUCUUCACUAUGUGCUACAUUCUCAUAUGGGUGGCCUUCGGUGGGAUCUACUUCUUCGGUGCCUGGUUGCGUGACGACAUUGCACACGUUAACGACCCACAGUGGAAGGCGUGCUACCAAAAUGUGGACAGCUUCCUGUCAGCCCUGUUGCUGUCGUUAGAGAGCCAGAGGACCAUCGGGUACGGUUCCAGGAUGGUGACCGCCAACUGCUCCGAGGGCACGGUGCUCCUGAUGGUCCAGUCCAUCCUCGGCUCCAUCAUCGACGCUCUGAUGGUGGGCUGCAUGUUCGUCAAGAUCUCCCGGCCGCAGCAGAGAGCCCAGACGCUGAUCUUCAGCAAGCACUGCGUCAUAUGCGAGCGUGACGAGAAGCUGUGCAUGCUCUUCCGCAUCGGCGACCUGAGAGCGAGCCACAUGGUGGACGCCAAGAUCCGGGCCAAGCUCAUCAAAUCCAGGCAGACCAAGGAGGGCGAGUUCAUCCCGCUGGAGCAGUCGGAGAUCAAUCUGGGCUACGACACUGGCGGCGACAGGCUACUCCUGGUGGAACCGCAGACCAUCACCCACGUCAUCAACAAGAGCAGCCCCUUCUGGGAGGUCGGCUCCGAGCGUUUGAAGAGGGAGACCUUUGAGAUCAUCGUCAUCCUGGAGGGCAUCGUGGAAGCAUCGGGUAUGACGUGCCAGGCGAGGACGUCCUACACCGAGGACGAGGUCCUCUGGGGACACCGAUUUGAGUCGUGUAUUUCUCUGGAGAAAGGGGCGUUUCGUGUGGACUGCAGCGCGUUUGACAAAACCUUUGAGGUCCAAAUGUCCGGACUCAGCGCAAAAGACAUCAAAGGAACGAGAGGUUGUGUUUUAGAUAAUUAAGGCUAAAUAAACGCUUCUUGUAACAACCAUACUUUCAAAUUAUAACAACCAUACUUCAUGAAUAAUGAUCUCAGGGCUGCCAUAAUUUAUGUUGUUCUGUUGUGUGUAUAAUAAUAAUAAUGUUUUUAUUAUAAUCCAUGUUACAUUAUGACAUGUUUUAUGUUGUGUUUGAUUAAA